AUGCACCGUGCAAGACACAAAACUACUUGGACGGGGUUUAUAAACAUUUACAACCAGAUAGAUUAUAUAAUCUGUCGAUCUAAAGACAAAGCUCUUUUCACUGACGCAAGGUCAUAUGGUGGGUCAAACAUUGACAGUGACCACAAAAUGGUCAUUGCAAGAAUAUCACUGAAUAAACAUCUAAACAACACAAAUAUCAAAGGGAGGCAGGAUAUCCUUAGGAAGAGAAUACUCGACCUAAAUGGACUCUCAAUACAACAAAUGGGAGAUAACUAUAGGAAAUACCUUGAUACGUAUUUGGGAAGUGUGGAAACAAAUCAACCAUUCCCCAAACUCUGGGGACAAAUCCAGGAAUCAAUACGAGGAGCAGCGGAGAAACAGCUCAUGGACAGGGAAAUGGUUACCACAUCACCAAAUGGAACAACUGAGAUAUCGCUCCUUGCUAAGAAACAAAAAUCUAUUUGGUUACAAUAUUUAAAUACGGAGAACAAGCACAUCAAAGAAAAACUUGGUCGGGAAAGAUUGAAUAUUAAGAAGAAGAUCAAGAAGUGCGUCUUCUAUAUGUCAAGGAAGGAGGCUGAGAUACAGAUUAAGGCCAUGGAAGCCUUGAAAGACAAUGGAAGAUCCAACAGCAAAGGAAUUGAUGGAUAUACCGGGCAUCCUAGGAAAUUGGAGUUGGAAAUAACUCCUGCAGAAGUGCAAAGAGCAUGUGCUGACCUCAAAAACAAUAAAAGCCCAGGACCAGACGGACUAGGACCAGAGCUACUCAAAUAUGGAAGUGAAAAGCUAAAUGUCCUCAUUGCAGACCUUUUUAACGGAAUGUUUAAAACAAACAACCAUUUACCACUUGGACGAGGAAUACUGGUCCCUGUCCAAAAACCGAACAAAGCUAAGGGAAAAGUGGAGAAUCUGAGGCCAGUAAUUCUUAUGAAUAGCAUACGGAAAGUUCUUGCAAUCAUUACGCUAGAAAGAAUAAAACCUCGCACCGAACUAUUUAUAUCCGCUUUUCACAGCGGAUUUCGGGAAGGAAGAUCGACUUCUGACAUCGUGUGGAUCCAUAGAUGGCAUUGUUCCGCCAUUCAAAGUUCAAAAAUGCGGCAUAUAUUCUUGACAUUGAUAUGUCAAGAGCUUUUGUCUCGAUUAACCGUCGAAAUAUCUUCUUAUUGA